CGCGUUAUUGCCGGCCGCUGGCGUCACAUUGCGCGUGGUGCUGUGUUUCGCGUGGCGCUCCUGCACGGCCCCCUCCCCUUCCACCUCCCGGGGAAAGAAACGAUUUAAAUACGAACCGCGUGGCGACUCCUCUGCAGGACGCAUGGCAUUCCGAAGAGCGGCGAAGGUGACUGCUCUCGCCGGGGGCGGGGCACUGGCCGCCUUCUACGGCCUGUCGCAGCUCAGGAAGAAGCAGACUCGGGUGGCGUACGCCGAGGCGCUGGAGCAGGUGAACGUGCCCUUCUGUGACGAGUUGCCAUCCAGACAAGCCCAGCUCGCCGCCUUGCGGAACACCGAGGAGUUUGACGUCCUGGUCAUCGGGGGCGGGGCCACGGGGUCCGGGUGCGCCUUGGAUGCAGUCACUCGGAAUCUCAAGACGGCCCUGGUGGAGCGGAGCGAUUUCUCCUCCGGCACCAGCAGCCGAAGCACCAAGCUCAUCCACGGGGGGGUGAGGUACCUCCAGAAAGCCAUCAUGAAACUGGAUUACGAACAGUACAUGAUGGUGAAAGAAGCCCUUCACGAGCGAGCCAACCUCCUGGAGAUCGCCCCCCAUCUCUCUGCUCCCCUGCCCAUCAUGCUACCGGUCUACUCGUGGUGGCAGCUUCCGUACUACUGGGCUGGAAUCAAGAUGUACGACCUGGUUGCUGGAGCUCAGUGCCUGAAGAGCAGCUAUGUCCUGAGCAAGAAUAAAGCUCUGGAGCUGUUCCCCAUGCUGAAGAGAGACAAGCUGGUGGGAGCCAUCGUCUACUACGACGGGCAGCACAACGACGCCCGGAUGAACCUGGCCAUCGCCCUGACGGCCGCCAGGUACGGCGCGGUCGCCGCAAACUACACGGAGGUGGUCCAUCUACUGAAAAGGACAGACCCCGAGACAGGGAAGGAGAGGGUGUGUGGAGCACGCUGCCGGGACGUGAUAUCAGGACAGGAGUUUGAAGUGCGAGCCAAGUGUGUGAUCAACGCCACGGGACCCUUCACCGACUCGCUGCGGAAGAUGGACAACGAGAAGAGCCCCAAGAUCUGUCAGCCGAGUGCAGGAGUUCACAUCGUCAUGCCGGGGUAUUACAGUCCUGACAACAUGGGGCUCCUAGACCCAGCUACCAGUGACGGGCGGGUCAUCUUCUUCCUGCCUUGGGAGAAGAUGACUAUCGCAGGUACGACAGACUCUCCUACCGAGAUCACGGCGCAGCCCAUCCCCACGGAAGAGGACAUCAACUUCAUCCUCACGGAGGUCCGCAACUACCUGAGCCCUGAUGUUGAAGUGAGGCGAGGUGAUGUUUUGGCUGCCUGGAGUGGCAUCCGCCCCCUGGUCACAGACCCCAGCUCCAAGGACACCCAGUCGAUCUGCCGCAACCACAUUGUGAACAUCAGUGAAAGCGGCCUGGUCACCAUUGCAGGGGGGAAAUGGACGACCUACCGUGCCAUGGCACAAGAGACACUGGACGCGACCAUCAAGGCCCAUCACCUGCAAGCCGGACCUUGCAGAACCGUGGGCCUGAUGCUGGAGGGUGGCAAAGGCUGGACACCCACCUUGUACAUCCGUCUGGUUCAGGACUAUGGGCUGGAGGUCGAGGUUGCCCAGCACCUUGCCGCGACGUACGGAGGACGGGCUUUCGAAGUGGCCAAAAUGGCGCAGGUCACGGGCCAGAGGUGGCCUAUAGUGGGGAAACGCCUUGUUUCCGAAUUCCCUUACAUCGAGAGCGAGGUGCACUACGCCGUGAAGGAGUACGCCUGCACGGCCAUCGACGUUCUCGCCCGCCGCACUCGGCUCGGCUUCCUGAACGUGCAGGCGGCCGACGAGGCUCUGCCGCGCAUAGUCCACAUCAUGGGGAAGCAGCUGGGCUGGAGCGAGCAGAAGAAACAGGAAGAGCUGAAUGCUGCUAGAACAUUCCUGUACCAGGAGAUGGGAUACAAGACCCGGUCCGAGCAGCUGACCAACACAACGGAGAUCAGCCUCCCUCUAUCGGAGGUCGACCGGUACAAGAAGCGCUUCCACAAGUUCGACAAAGGAAACAAGGGAUUCAUCACCACUGUGGACGUCCAACAGGUGUUGGAGAGUAUCAGCGUCCAGAUUGACGAAAACACGCUCCAUGAAAUUCUCAACGAAGUUGACCUGAACAAAAACGGCCAGGUGGAGCUCAACGAGUUCCUGCAGCUGAUGAGCGCCGUGCGGAAAGGCCGCGUGUCCGACAGCCGCCUCGCCAUCCUGAUGAAGACCGUGGAGGAGACCCUAGAGGAGAGGGGGCUGGUCUCAGUGGACCGUAGCGGGGGAGGGGUGUGAACCCCCCCAUGAGUGGCCCCCAGAACUGCACAUAGAUUUACUCUCCAGCACUCAUCAGAGCACAACCUUCAACAUCAGUUAACUGUCUUACUCUCAUUACUCUCUUUAUCGCACUGAUUGUUUUGGCGUUACUACAAAGGACAUAUUUCUGUAAUAUAUUGUUUUCCACUUAAAUAUUUAUCCUGAUUUAUAAUGAGCACUCGUAUAUUCCUUUUAUUGAGAACUGUGCACAUGGAAACACGCACUUUGAAGUUGUAUUCUUUUGUUUUAAUUCAGAAUGGAUUUACUUGAUCUGUGACACGGUUAUGUACAGGACUACUGUGACAUUUUAUUAAUAUGAUUUUUGAAUGGGGUCCAGAUGUCCGUGUGCAGUAUAAGAAAUUUUUAUCAUUUUCCCUGCUUAUAUUCUAUAUAUAGUAAUCUGGAGUCUAUGCUGGAAGCAUAGGGUCCACCACAGUUUACACACACUGCACUCCCGUUUACCUGAAACACAUGUCUUUGGACUGUGGGAGGAAACCAGAGCA